UGCCACUUCCUUUCUAUUCUCUUUAAUUUAUUUUUAUUCCUCAAAAGUCCCAAAGCUUUUUCUUUUUUUCUUUUUUCCUCUCUGCCCGGAGAUGGAUCUCUAUGGCUCAGAAUCUCUCCCUCCGAUGGACUGAGAAGGAAACAAAUUUAUUGGGGGCUUUGGGGGAUUCUCUUUUGAAUUCCAAAAAAUUAAUUCUUGAAAAAUGGGGGCCGACAAAACCUCCAACUCCAACUCUGAACAUUCUGCAAAUAAUGAAGGCACCAAGGCCCAUGAAACCGAGGUGGUCUUGAAUAUAUACGAUCUCACCCCUAUCAACAAUUACAUGUAUUGGUUCGGUUUCGGAAUCUUUCAUUCGGGUAUUGAAGUUCAUGGCAAGGAGUACGGCUUUGGAGCUCAUGACUUCCCUGCUAGUGGAGUUUUUGAAGUGGAGCCAAGGUGCUGCCCAGGUUUUGUUUACCGAAGUUCUAUCUCCCUGGGCCACAUAAAUAUGUCGCCUUCUGAAUUCCGUACAUUUAUUGAGAAUGUGGCUUCAGAGUAUCACGGUGAUACAUAUCAUCUCAUUUCCAAGAAUUGCAACCAUUUCACAGAUGACAUGGCAUCAAGGCUGACAGGAAAGCGGGUCCCUGGUUGGGUAAAUCGGCUUGCUCGGCUUGGUUCUUUUUGUAGUUGUCUGCUUCCUGAAAGCCUUCAAGUGUCUACUGUUAAACAGCUGCCUGAAUACCAUGAAUGUUCUGAAGAAGAAUGUAUAGAGUCUCUAUCAGGCGCCACUCCUCGUGAAUCAAUGGAAGUUGAAGAUGAUCAAGAGAAGCGCCUGCUAUCACCAUUGGCUGGGCAGUCACCAAAAUCUGGAAGUGGGAGUGUAGUGGCUUUUGUUAAAGAGAUUCACAGGUGAAACUUAUAAAAUCACUCCUUUCAAGGAAAGAGGGAAGAAGAAAGUCACCCCUGUAUAACCGUCGUAUCAAUGUUGGCUGCUUGAAAGGGAAGAACAUGUUUCAAUCUGUAGAUUUAAAGCCCACUUGUAUUUUUAACUUGCUUACGAUUUGCUUUAAUUUUUUUUAAUAUUUUAUUUUUGUCACAUAUGGCGUUCAUGUUAUAGCUACUGUUUCAUUCAUUUGUUGGAAUUGAGGAAUCUGAAACUAGAUUGCUAUUUGUUGUAAUUGAUGAUAUCUAUAAUGAGAGUUCUGUACAAGGCCGUUUUGUUUUUACUA